AUGAUGAAGCAUAGUAUCAAGGGGUUGUACUGUUUCAUUGAUGAAAUUAGAAAUUGCAAAUGUUUGGAGGACGAAGAAAAAACAGUACUUGAAGAAAUUAUCAAGAUAAAGAAAAAAUUCAAUGAAAAAAAUAUAACAAACUAUAAGAGGAAGAAAUAUAUAUGGAAAUUAAUAUACUGUCAUAUACUUGGUUAUGGUAUCUCAUUAUCAUACUUGGAUAUCAUAAAAUUGAUAAGUAGUUCUAAUUUCAGUGAUAAGUACUGUGGGUAUACAGCUUUAUCUUUACUUGUGAAUGAAAAUAAUGAAAUGUUGCACAUGAUAAUAAGUAGUAUAAAAAUGGAUUUAAAAAGUAAUGAUGAGAAGGUAAAUUUUCUUGCUUUACAUUUUGUUAGUCAAAAAAUAAAUGAUUUGUUAAUAGAAAAUAUGUAUGAUGACAUAUUACAUAUUGUUACAUCUAAUUAUAUAUACAAACCAAAUAUUCGAAAAAAAGCAUUUCUCUGUUUAGCAAAUAUUUACAAAAAGAGACAUGAUUUGUUGUUAAAAAGUAAAACAGAUCUGGAAAUUUUCAAAUUUCUCGAUCAGAACAUGAACGAAAUAAACAUGUUUAACGUUUUUGCAUACCUCAAUUUGAUAUAUGUUAUUAUAUUGGUGUUUCAAAAAUAUGAAGCCAUGAAUUACUAUAGGAAGAAACAGGAGAGGAAAAAAAAAAACUCCUUGGAUGAAAAGUAUGAAAUAAGGCAAGAUGGACAUGGUAAUAAAGACGAUGAGGAGGACGACGACGAGGAUGAGGAUGAUAAUGAUGAGGAUGAAGAUGAAGACCCGGGUAAUCAUAUGGAGCAACAUGACAGACAGGGUGAGCAUCGGCAUGAUCGUGAUGAACAUUUCAUUAAGCGGGAAGACUUUAAAGUAGAUUCUAACAGUUUCAGCAACCAUAACGUGAAACGAAUUAUAUCUCUAAAUAUAAAAGAUCAUGUUAAGAAGAAAAGACACAAAUAUAAUAAUUCUUCACUUUCGCAUGAACAAAGGUUCCUGUACAAUGAUUUGAAAAAAGUAGACAAAAUUUUAGAAAUCGAUUCACAGUGCAAUUUCAACAUUGAAGAAAUUGAUUUUUGUGAAAUUAAAAAGUAUAUCAACAAAUACAUCCAUUUUAUAUUAAAUGUGUUGUAUUUAAUUCUGGAUGAAAAUUUAAAAAUCGAUGAAGGUUUUUUUUAUUGCCAAUUCAGAUACCCAUUUUUACUUAUAAAAUGUCUACAAAUGGUGCAAUUGUAUGAUAUUCAUAGUUUAUCACAAAAUACUGUAAAUAAUAUCAAUGAUAUAUUAUUCAAAAUUGUUAAAAAACCAUUUAAAAAAUUACAAGGGAAGAUAAAUAAUGAAACAGAUAAGAUAAAAAAUGCAAAUCAGCACACCACCCCUUCUCAUCAUCAUCUUCACCUGAAUGCACAGAAUAAAGGCAAUGCUAAUAUAAGGAAAAACAUUUUUAGAAAAAAAUUUUCAAGAAAUAGUUUCUAUAUGAGUGCAAAAAAAUCGAAGGAAGAAUUAAGAAAUGAAAAAAGUACUACCUAUAUUGAAUAUGGAAUUAUUUAUGAAUGUUGUAAUUUACACAAUUUCCUUGGUUAUCAUAUAGAGGAUAGAAAUAGAGACAUCAUUUUAUGUCUCAUUACAAGUUCAUUUGAUACAAAGAAAUCAAAUAUUAAUUAUGUCAUUCUGAAUAGUUUAGCAAAAUUAAAAAUGAAUUUAAAAAUUUACAACAUGUUAGAAAAUCAUAUUAUGCAUUUAAUUAAUCUUCUUAACAAUGAUGAUAUAACUAUAAAAUUGCAAACUUUUAAUAUUCUCUUCAACAUGUGUAAUCGAUCAAAUUGGAAACUUCUCAUCAAUGUUUUUUUGCAUCACUUACCAUAUAUUGAUCCGUAUAUUCAAAACGAAGUUAUUAUCAAAAUUUCCAUACUAGCUGAGAAUUUCUCUCCUGAUUUGUCUUGGUACAUUGAUGUAAUAUUCAAAAUGAUUGAAAUUACACACAGGUCUAUCUUCCCUGAAGUGUGGUUUAGAUUAGUCCAGAUAAUUACUGGUUUUGUGGAGGGUAAUAAAUUAGAAAAACGUGAUAAAGUGGAAAAAAGUGAUAAAACUCAAAGAGAAAAAGUCGAAAAGACAGAAAGAAUCAAUAGUCGUGGGGAAGGGAGAGAAAAAAUUGGAAAAUUUUCUAAAAAGGAAAAUAAUACCUCAGAUAACAAUAAAUCUAAAGAGGAAUAUAAAAUACAAACAUAUGCAGCUAUGAAAUGUUAUAAAUACUUGUCUGACCGUUAUACCAAAAUUGAACUUCUCAUCGAUUUAUGCUCUUACAUUAUUGGUUCAUUUGGAUACUUAAUUAAGGAUAAAAUCCCAAUGAACAAUCAGUUCAAAAUCUUAGAAAAAUAUUUUACUCUUGGUUCAUCCAAUACAAAAUGUGUAAUUCUCAUGGCUAUGAUGAAAAUGGUUUUUUAUGAAAAUAAACUCAUGAAUUCUGUCAAAAAAAUUCUGAACAAUUGUAUUAGUCAUGCAGAUUUAGAGCUACAAACAAGGGCAUGUGAAUUUCUCAAUUUAUGCAAUUUGAACAAUAUCGGCAUGCUUAACUAUUUGCUGAAGAGCAUGCCUCUGUACAACACCAAGAAGGCCCAUGAAAACUUUCUCAUCAAGAGACUCCUGGAGAAGAACAAACACGCAGUGAUCGAUUUCAAUGAAAGGGACAAGGAUCAAAGCGUAGAGAAGCACCAAGAAAGAAUCAAAAUAAACAAUAGACAUGACGAGAAUUACAAAGACUCAUAUCAUGAUAGAGAUAGUGAGUAUAGUAAGAAAAAGGAAAAUUCUGAAUCUUCCUCUGAUGAGAGUUCCAAUAACAGAGGGGGGAACAUGCGCAAAGAUUCAGUGGGAUCAUCAGAUAAUUCCAAAAAAUCGUCUAGUGUGUCAAGUCAUAAAUCGAAAAAUUCAAGUGAACGAGCAGAUGAUAAUGCAAAAUUGUUUAAAAGUCUUUGUCUUCAAAAGGCGAAUAAUAUAAAUGAUUUAUGGUUUAAUGCAUGUUUGUUAGAUGAGGCUUUGUUUUUUAAAAACAGCGUCUUGUCUAUUUUGAUUAAACAGAAAUAUCAAGAAAAUAAAAUCAUCUUGAAUUUUUAUGUCAAGAAUAUUUCCAACACCAUGGUAAAUCUUGUCAGCAUCCGGACAGAAGAUUGUGAACAGAUGAAUAUAAAAGAACCGAAAACAGUGAUGAACGAGAAAAUUGACUCGAACAGUGUGUAUGUUCAUAAACUUAUAAUUACAAUAACUGACAUUUUUUACAACAUUCCUAGUAUCUAUUUCAAUGUCCUCACAACCAAUUCAUUGAACGCAAGCCUCUCAUCCAAGUUACCAAUUUUGAUAACGAGAUUUAUUAAAGAAAACAAAAUGAACGAAUCUACUUUUAAAAUAUACUGGAAAGCCCUGACACAAGUACAUAAUGAGGAUAUUAUAAUGGGUGUACCCAAAUUUUCCAAAAAAUAUUUUUUUAAUUAUCUCGUUAACGCGUUUAAUUUUUACAUAUUGAAGAUUGGUUCACUUAUAUGUGCAUCCGGUUACAUACACUUUCCUCUCACGGAUAGUGAAAACAAAAUUUUAAUUCUUGUCAAAAUUAGGCAUGAAGUGAAAGGGUGCCAAAUUUCUGUUGUUUCAAGCAUCAGACACUUGAAUAAUUAUCUGAACAAAAUAUUUGAAAUUUACCUUAUAAAGAACAAAUAA